AAUAAAAACCCUAACCCUAAUAGUAGCAGCAGCAACAGAGAGAUGGAGGCGGCGAGAACAGUGAAGGACGUUUCCCCUCACGACUUCGUGAAAGCUUACUCAGCUCAUCUCAAGCGUUCUGGAAAGGUUGAGCUUCCUCACUGGACAGAUAUAGUUAAAACUGCCAGAUUCAAGGAGCUUGCUCCAUAUGACCCGGAUUGGUAUUACAUCAGAGCCGCUUCCAUCGCAAGGAAGAUCUAUCUGAGGCAGGGUAUUGGAGUCGGUGGUUUCCAGAAGAUUUAUGGUGGGCGUAAGAGAAACGGGGCUCGUCCACCACAUUUCUGCAAGAGCAGCGGUUCCAUUGCUCGUCACAUCCUUCAACAGUUGCAGAACAUGAACAUAAUUGACAUUGAUCCAAAAGGUGGGAGGAGAAUUACGUCAAGUGGUCAGCGUGAUCUUGAUCAAGUUGCAGGUCGGAUUGUCGUUGCUCCUUGAGUCCAGAUUUGGGCAUGUGUGCUCAUGCUUUUGGACAGGUAGCUAUUUUUCGAGCAUAAUUUUGUAGGGUUGUUUUCAGAUUUAGUGGGGGAUGUUGUUAUCAAAGGAUUUCAGUUUUUUAGUUUUUUUUUUUUUUGGAUGAAACAUGGUUUUGGAAUAGGAUUUUUGUUAUUGAAGCUUUUAGGAGUCACAUCCUUGCAUGUCAAAGAUGGUUUUGGAAUAGGAUUUUUAUCAUAUCUUCCUCAA